UAAGUUGUGUAUAUCCCACAUGCCCGGAUGCUCUUGCGUUUACUUCGUUUUAGCGCACGUUACCAGACGUUCAGAAACUGCAGUAAAGGAGGCGAAAUCUCACGUCUAGAUCGUAUUGAAAAUGCCGCUCAACAAUCCGUUGCCCAAGAGUCUCCAAGAGGAGUGCGAGAAGGCAACGAGGAUUAUUAGAGACUUUACCAUGCCUUCUGCGGAGAGGGGACCCGACUCUCUCAUUCCUCCGUCGAUUAUCGACAACGCAAAGGGUUUGGUUCUAAUGACUGUCUUCAAGGCGGGAUUUCUGGUGUCUAUUCGUGGAGGAUCCGGGAUUGUUAUAGCAAAGAGGGAUGAUGGACAUUGGUCUGCUCCAGCAGCAAUAGCAGUAGCUGGGCUCGGAGGAGGAUUUGAAAUUGGCGCUGAGCUGACUGAUUUCGUCAUUGUGCUUAACAGUCAAAGUGCUGUUGAAGCUUUUUCCAAGGGUGGAAACUUGACUUUGGGUGGCAAUUUCAGUGUUGCUAUUGGACCAGUUGGUCGCAAUGCUGAAGCAGAUGUUGCUGUUAGGUCUCCAUCGGCGAUCUAUACGUACAGCAAGACGAGAGGGUUGUUUGCAGGAAUUUCGCUGGAAGGCAGUGGAAUUGUGGAGCGUAAAGAUGCGAAUAAGAAAUUCUAUGGUGAUGAUGUAAGAACACGUGAGUUGCUUUCUGGUUCAUACGCACCUCCUGACGAAGCAGCACCGUUAUACAAAGCCUUAGAACAACACAAGACAAUCAACAUUGUUGUUGACAAAGCCACCAAAGCCUUCGAUAAGCGAGCCAAGUCGUUUACUGGAGGCGCAUCGGUUUCCAGUUUCACUAAGAGUCGUCAAUCGAUGAUGGACAGAGCCAACAAACAUUCAACGACUACGACCAGCAGCAAAUCCGGUAGAUCGACUUUUGACUCGCCGGCCAGAAGUAGCUCCACUCGAGGGCCGUCGUCUCGUACUACUUCGACUUCAACAUCGAAAGUCUCCUCAUCAACUUCGGCAUCGAGAGCCUCGUCAUCGACUGCCAGCUCUCGACGUCGUUCAUCGGCCAGAAGUAGAGACGAAGAUGAGGCGGAUCCGGCGGGAGCCGAUUGGGAUGCCGAGGUGUAUGUGCGGGCGUUGUAUACGUUCCGGGGUCAGAUGGAUUGCGAUCUCACGUUCAAGAAGGGAGAAAAGAUCGAACUGGUGACUCGUACGUCGAGUCAGUUUGACUGGUGGGAGGGUAAGACUUCAGACGGUCGGCUGGGAAUUUUUCCGGCAAAUUAUGUGAAGCUGGUGUAACAGUUUUGUCUAGUAGGGUUUAGUAGUGCACGCGCAAUGGUGACGUACUACACCAUUUUAAUUUUUGUAGGUCGAAUUCGCGGGUAAUCACAUCGAGUUUGCUUUAUGUCAAUUCAAAUUUUACUUUAAGUUUACAUUGAAUUCAA